UCAUUAACAAAUUGAAAAAUAAAUCCCAACGGCCAACCAGAAAAUUUUAGUUCUAUACUACGUGUCGUUGGAGCUGAGCUCAUCUUCUCUCUUCUAUCUUCAAGCUUCAAUCUUCAACUUGCAGUCAGCAAUGGCGGAGCAAAUUAACGGCCUUGCCGUAGACAAAAACAACUGCGGCCAUACGGAGGAAACGCUCUACGGCGUUCUCCUCUCUUUGAUUUCGAUGAUCAUCUUCCCUGAUGCAUCGUCAUCGGCAUCAACUCCACUGCUACAGCGGAUCAAGAUCUCUGUUUCAGAGAAUGGGCCUCGUCUCAGCGAAGCCUCCAAAAACACUGGCCGGACUGUUCAGUUGUGGACUCGUAGAGGCAGCCCCCUUCGUGCUCUUCUCGUCAUUUCUGUUGGGACUAUUACUCUUCUUACCUUGGCAGGAUUGCUUGUAUUUAUGUUUUUCUUUCUGGCCGCAACUGUCAAUGUCAUCAUCAUCUCUCUCCUCAUCUCUUUGGCUGUUGCAGGAGGCUUCUUGGCUCUUUUCUUUACCUGUGUAACUGCUAUUUAUGUUGGGGCCUUAUCUGUUGCUGCUUUUGUUAUUUCUAUUGCAACAAUUUCAGCAAUUGUAGCUGUUCUUGUAGCUACAGGUUGGGUUGGAUUCUUUUGGGCUGUCUGGUUGGGUACUAAGAAAAGUAUGGGCUUCGCUAAGCACUCGUUAAGCAUGACUGGAUCAGUUCUUUCAGCUUGUUCUUCUAAACGGCAUGCUCCUCGGUACCAGGAACUGGACAAAGCUUCUGAUUGAAAUGCUUUGGUGAACGUAACCACCAAUCUUCCCUUCCAAUCCUAGAUGUUUUCGAUAUUUGUACAAGUUUUCUGCUUGUGCUGAUGUUUUUGACAACUUCUGGGCAUGUAUAUGUUGUAAGAUGAUGUUGCUUGGUCGUCAAUCAGAAGCUUGUUUGCCAAUUUAGCAAUGGUUGCAGAAUCAUAGGUAAUGAUAUGGUAUUACUGUCUGUCUAAACUAUGUAGUCUGCUUGCGAUAUGAUGUUCGAUUUUACUCUUUAUAUUCACUUUGAUUUUAGUUAGCCUAUCUUGAGUGACAACCCUGUGGUGUCAAAAGUGUCGUUAGUGUUUGGAGUGCAUUCCUUUAUUGAUGAAUGGUUUGUUUACUUGUUCCCUUUGAUGGAUGGAUGCUUAGCUUGUAGCAGAAACAAUGACCGUUAUGAAUCUUUUGUAUAUUAAACUGGAUGGAUUUUCGUGUGAUCACAGGUGUUUUCCAACUUGUUUUUUUUUUUCUGAUAAAUUAGAAAAUGGGUGUUCUG